AUGUUUGGACUUGUCACCAAACUUACCGCCUUGCCCUCCUUGCGACGAUGGCUGGACAGAACGUUGCGGAUAUCCGAUCAGCUCAUAACAUGUAGGCUCGAAAUGCCCAGGCUUUUGGCAAUGGAUGCACCACGGACGACCUUCAGGAGUGCGAGGAUCGUGGGAAAGGGUACCACCCUUGCUUUGAAAGGCGGCAAUGUCGACUUGGGGAUGCGUGUCAUGAGAGAGGCUCCUUUAUUGUUCCUCGUUGGCCACCAUCUUAUAGGCGGCACCAAGAGUAGGAGUGGGCUUCAUAGAGAAAAGCUGAUUGCGGACGACAGAAUAAUUGUCAUCCCGUCCAAGAAGGAAAUCUAG